AUGGUCAUUGAUCAAAGUGGUGAAUUGUCGUACAUUAUGAAUAAAGCGCCGUCAUCUUCUCGUGCCAACUUGACAAUUGGUCGCCUGUCAGGCAGUGGUAGUGCUAGUUCCAGCGAAAUGAGCAGCGAUUCGGAUUCGGAAACAGCCAGCAGCAAGGGAGUUCGUGUUGGCGAUGGCUAUCAGGCAGUCAUCCCUGACUACUGUCUUCCAAAACCAGCGCCAUCUCAAUAUCCGGAAAAGGCGAUCAAGGUUUGGAUACCUAACGAGGAAGUUAGUGACAAAAAAAUUAGCGAAUAUGUUCAAAUUGCAAAAGAAAAGUACCGCUACAAUCCGGAGCAAGCUUUAGGAAUACUGUUCUGGCACGGAUUUGAUUUUGAGUGUGCUUUGUCCGACUUGUCCAACUUUUUGCCCUAUCCUGAUGAAUGGACAAUGGAAGACAAAGCCCUGUUUGAACAGGCGCAUCAGUUUUACAACAAAAACUUUCUCAAAAUCAACACGCUUUUGCCUGACAAGAAAAUUUCUAGCCUUAUCAAAUACUAUUACACCAAGUGGAAGAUUUUAAAGUGUGUAAAAGAUCCAUCUUAUAUACAAAAACAAAUCAACAGGAAGCCAUUUCAAAACAAAGAUGGCAGUAAUGGUUCGCCAGGAAAUAAUGCUGAUAAGAACACAGACAUUGAAUGUGUAUCACCUAACAGACAGGCGUGUGCUCUCUGUCAAACCCGAACCCGAACCACCGAUUACUUUAACACUAACCAGGGAGUUGUUUGUCGUUCAUGCUUCGUCGAAAAGAGCAAAGACGGAAAUAUCAAUGCAAACGGUAACAAUGACGAGGGUUACUUUGAGGAUGAAAAUAAAGUCCUCCCAAAUGGAAUGACAAAGAUGAUACUUGACAAGAAAGUACUCGUUGAAAUUGCUCGCGAGCGUGAGGCAAACAUUAGUCGAAAAGCAGUAGAGUUACUGGAACUGGAUAUUGCCGAUGUGAUUCGCAAGAUUCGUGAGCACAAGCAGCAGAAUGCUUCCAUCAAAGAGUCGCUCGUUGAGUUUCCCGAUUUGAUUGGUCUAAACCAAAAUAAUAACCGCUCCAGUUCUCGAUGGAACGACUCUGACAUUCUCAUUUUCACAAAAGCCAUUUCAGAGUUUGGUUGUGAUUUUAAGACAAUCGCUGAAAUUCUUGGCAGCAAAACUGAAAAUCAGAUUAAGAUGUACUAUCUUGCAAAUAAGGACAAGUUUAAAGACGUAAUGUCAAAACAAAACAUUGAGAACUAUAUGGACGAAGAGAUGGUCGUGGAAGAGUCCUCUGAAGAGCCUCGCCAAGUUGUUGGUCGAUUUGGCAAGUAG